AUGGUCAAGGCCUGGAAUAGAAUGCGCGGAAAUCGCUCCCCAGAGUAUGCUCCUUUGCCUCUGAGCGAGAAGGAACCGCUUCCCUCCGUCAGGUCGCGACAAGCCCGCUGGUCACGACAAAGUAUCGUGGGCCUCGUUGUGUGCAGCAUCGCUGCUUGCUCUGCACUCUAUGGACUGGUCAGCUCGCUUUCCGCGUCGGCCGAGAACUCCUGCGACACCAUCGACGACGGCUACCGCUGCAGCCCGAAGACGACACACUUCUGGGGACAGUACUCCCUGUGGUACUCCGUCCCCUCAGAUAUCGACGUUGCGCCGCCACAUGGCUGCAAAGUCACCUUCGCGAACGUCCUCUCCCGCCAUGGCGGUCGCGACCCAACCAUGGGCAAAUCCAUGGCGUAUGCCUUGUUGAUCGCCGAUAUUCAGAAUACAAGCACGUCAUUCCCUGGCGAGUUUGGGUUCCUAAAGGACUACAAGUACAACCUCGGAGCGGACGAAUUGACCAGCGCUGGACGGCAAGAGAUGGUCAACUCAGGCGCGCACUUCUUCCGCCGCUAUCACAAGCUCGCGAAGAAGCAUACCCCAUUUGUGCGCUCAGGAGGGCAACACCGCGUAGUCGAAUCGGCGCAAAAGUGGCUGCAGGGCUUCGCGCAGUCUGCGAAGCAGUCGCCAGCGGAAAUCGACCUUAUCAUACCUGAGGGUCCCAAGUGGAACAAUACCCUGUCUCACGACACCUGCCCCGCUUUUGAAGAUGGUCCAGACCGCGGUCUCGGUGACAGGGCGCAGAAGAUAUGGGCGGCUGAGUUCGUGCCUCCAAUUCAGGAACGCGUCAAUUCACAGCUUGGCACAAAUCUCAGCAUGAACUCAAUCAUAUACCUGAUGGACAUGUGCCCAUUCGACACGCUGGCACACCCCAAUGCGAAGGUCUCUGACUUUUGCCAUCUCUUUACUGAGAAAGAGUGGCAUGCAUACGAUUACUUCGAGACCCUCGGCAAGUAUUACGGGUACAGCGUUGGCAACCCGCUUGCUCCAACUCAAGGUGUGGGCUACGUGAACGAGCUAAUUGCGCGUCUGACUGGGCAACCCGUGGAAGACCAUACCAACACUAACACUACCCUCAAUUCGGAUCCGAGCUCUUUUCCACUGGGUCGGAAAGUCUACGCGGACUUUAGCCAUGACAACGACAUCAGCGGAGUGCUUGCAGCUCUUGGCCUGUACAAUGAAACGAAGCCUCUUUCAAAUACCACCAUAGAAUCGACCAAGGACACUCACGGAUAUUCUGCAGCAUGGACGGUCCCUUUCGCAUCACGGAUGUACGUUGAGAAGCUUCAAUGCAAGCACAAAAAAGAGGAAAUGGUUCGAGUCAUCGUGAAUGACCGCGUACAGCCUUUGAAGUUCUGUGGGGGUGACAAACAUGUCUGGAGCACACCCACUCUCGCUGCUGCAUCUGUUGCGGAUGGUCACUCUCUGGCUGACACACCAUCUUCUAAUGGACCUACUACACCCGCCGCUGGAGCAUCCGCCACCAUCGCCGAGCCCGGUAGCGCAACCGGCCUCUACCCUAGGUUGCCCAAGCUGCCUCCAGACAUUUCGGAGCCUGUAUCGCACAAUGCCAGCAGUGCAGAUGACCCCCUACGCUCGGCCCCUGCACAUCAAGAACAAGGUGGCACCUCUAGCGCCCAUACUGCUAGUGCCGGUCGACCCAAGCUGAGCACAAGGCCACAGGGAGGUCGUAUCCAGAAGCGUUCCGGCAAUCACACCCUCUCAAACCUCGGUGCCCAUAUCGUCAUCGAGAAGUUUGACGGCCCUGGAGACACCAAGCCCAAGGGGUACCUGGGUACCGUCGCUGGUGCUCGCAUUUUUGCAUCCACAGUCGAGGACUACUGUUCUUGCGGAACUGGAGGUGGCCACUGGCUCAUUUGUGGCCAUGAAAUCGUUUCCAACACGGGCGAUACCACUUGUGGAGCGAACUGCAAGGCUGGCUUGCACAAGGAAGAGCCUUUUAACUGCCCACAGUGCCGCGAUACUGUGAACAACGUCAUCGCGACCAAGGUCACCCCAGCAGAGAAGGCGAACAUGGAGUUCUACGUGUCGCUCAACGUCGCCCUUGGCGUCUCACUCGCAGUAGAGUGUGUGUUGAAGUAUCUGCCUACCGCCAAAGGCAACAUCGCACAGACCUUGAUGAGCAUCGCGGAUCCGAAGUUUGGGCGUACAUGCCAGAUCGUGCCAGACGCAGUCGAAGAGCCGAAGAACCUGGCAGAGAUCUAUGAAGAGCACCGCGAGACUAUUCAGCAGAUUACUCGCGUACGCAAAGUCGCUAUCGAUAUCGGCCCACUCAACACACACGAUAAGCGUAAGGCCUUUGCCGACGAGCAGAACGAAGAGGCAUCUCCGUCCACUCCGAAGGUCCCAGAAUCUCCAGCAGUUACUGCGGUUGCCGAUCCGGUGAACAAGAAGCAGAAGCAGAAGCUGGAGAUUCACUCUGAGCCCAUCACCAUCUCAACCCGCGGAGUGAAGCGCACUGCCGCUGAGGAGGACUGGUCGGACGACGAGACCUUGGUAGACGAAGACAGCCCUCGACCUGUCACCAAGAACACCAAGAAGCAGAAGCGCAAGCUCGAGACUGUUCGCGAGCCGAUUACCGUAGACACCCGUGGCGAGAAGCGUGGCCUUUCCGAAUCGUUCACAGGGAAAAGCCACGUCGUGAAGGGUGGCCUUGGACUACUUGAUCUCUUCUACAACAUCAAAUACACUGAGGCGAACAAGCGUUUCGUCAACUUCCGCCUGGCAGACCUUGGAGACUCCCCGUUCCGUCCCCUUCCAGCUGGCCUGGGCAAAGGUCUGGGCAAGCAUAUUGCAGACGAGGACGAGAGCACAUACAGCAACAAGCGUGUGUGUGAACGGGACGUUCGACCAAGCGAGAUCAAAGAUAACGACGCCCUCUUCGCCAAGAAGCGCAUGACCAUGGAGGAGACUGCUGCCAAUUACGUCGACGGUGAUGAGCUAUGA